AUGGCUGAUGCUGGUGUUGCUCCUGAUGCAGGAGGUGCUUCAAAUCCAAAUGACCUUUUAUCACCACCAAAACAAGUUGAAAUUGAUCAAGCUCCAUCACCUGAAGAAGCUUUAGAACCAAAUAAAAUAAAAGAAUUAAAACAAAAUGGUAUAAAAGAUCAAGAAUCAAAUAAAUCAAAAACUAGUAUUGCAAAUGGAAAUACUAGUAAUAAAAGUUUUAAUAGUGACAAUCAUAGUAGCAAUAAUAAGGAUUUACCACAUCCAUCAGUAGAAGAUGGAUUUCAUAAUAAUGUUAAUGCACGUCAAUCUGAUUUUAAACAACCAAAUGCUGAUUAUUUGAAUAGACCAUUAGUACCAUCAGCUUCAACUCGUUCAAAUGAAAAUAGAUCUUUACAACCUAAAAAGACAACAGAUACUGAAAAAUCACAACAAUCAGAAGAUUUUGAAGCAAAUCGAAUGUCAUCAGUUUUUGGUAAACAGGAUAGUGCAGGAUUAAAACCAAGUCCUGAUUAUGAUAUGUCUGAUGUUAAAAGUAAGCCUCCACCAAGACAGCCAGUUGAUCCAACUUUUAGAGGUUGGAAAGAAGUUGGUGGAUAUGAAGCUGACGAUGCUUUAACCGCAGCUGAUGAAUCAAUUGAUCUAUUAUCAAAAGGGUCUAUAUUCGAUCAGUAUUUACCGGCUGUUAUGUAUGGAGAUUGGUAUCAUAAUACAGCAUUUUUAAUUCUUGGUGGAUUAUUAUCAUGGAUAAUUGGAUGGUUUAGAUUUUCAGUUGCUCCAUUAUUCUUUGUAAUGGUAAUAUUUGGAUUAUUAUAUCGUGCUUCAGUUAAAAAAUAUAGAGGUGUAUUAAGAGAACAUGCACAAAGAGAAUUCUCAGUUAAAAGAAUUGAAGAUGAUUAUGAAACAAUGGAUUGGUGUAAUUAUUUUUUAGAAAAAUUUUGGUAUUUUUUAGAACCUUCAAUUUCUCAAAUUGUUUGUGAUCAAGCAAAUCCAAUUUUAGCAGGUUUACCAAUUCCAGCUUUUGUACAAUCUGUAUGGUUGGAUACUUUUACAUUAGGAACUAAACCUCCAAGAAUUGAUCAAGUUAAAACAUUAAUUGGUACUGCAGAUGAUGUUGUUGUAAUGGAUUGGGGAUUUUCAUUUACUCCAAAUGCUAAUGUUGAUGCUAACAAUAAACAAUUAAAAAACAAUGUUAAUGAAAAUAUUGUAGUUAAGGCAACAAUUUUUGGAAUUACUUUACCAAUCACUAUUGCGGAUGUUUCUUUUAAAGGUUUAGCUAGAAUUAGAUUAAGAUUAAUGACAUCAUUUCCUCAUAUUGAAACUGUAAAUGUUUCAAUGCUUGAACCACCAAAAUAUGAUUUUAAUACUAAAAUUUUAGGAGAAAGUUCAUGGUGGUGGGAAGUUUUAGCUUUUCCAGGUUUAUAUCCAUUAAUUAAUGAAAUGGUUAAAAAAUAUGUUGGUCCAAUAUUAUUUAAUCCAAUGUCUUUCCAAUUAAAUGUUCAACAAUUAUUAUUAGGUAACGGUUUGGAUUCAGCUAUUGGUGUAUUAGCAAUUACUGCUGGUUCAGCAAGAGGUUUGAAAGGUUUUAAAACUUUAGGUAAUACAUUAGAUCCAUAUUUAACUUUUGGUUUCAGAAAUAAAGUAUUAGCUAGAACUAAAACAAUUAGUGAUACAGAUGCACCAAAAUGGAAUGAAACUGUAUAUAUUCCAGUUGCAUCAUUAUCAGAACCAUUGACUAUCACUGUUAUUGAUUACAAUGAAUUUAGAAAAGAUAGACAAGUUGGUGCAGUUCAAUUUGAUUUAGAAGCUUUAAUUGAUAAACCAGAACAACCAAAUCUUACAGCUGCAUUUUUAAGAAACAAUAAACCAGUUGGUGAACUUAGAUUUGGUGUUAAAUAUAUGAAAGCUUUAGAACCAGAAAAACAAGCUGAUGGCGCUUUCCAACCUCCACCAGAUUUAAAUACUGGUAUUGCUAGAAUUGAAAUAGCCGAAGCAAGACAUUUGAAAGGUGGUGAUAAAGGUGCAUCAAGUAGUGCUGAAUUAAUUUUCAAUAACAAAACAGUUAUUGAAACUCCAGUUCAAAAAAAUACAAAUAAUCCAGGUUGGGGUGCUUCAACUGAACAAAUUGUUUUCAAUUGUGCUAAAUCAAGAGUUAAAGUUCUUAUAAAAGAUCAAAAUGGAAAAACAAUUGAUAAAAUCAAUACUACAUUACCCGAAUUAAUUGAUUCCACUUUAGUUGAACAAACUUGGUUCCCAUUAAGUAAAGGUGGUGAAGUUAGAAUAGUUACUAGUUGGAAACCUGUACAAUUAGAAGGUGCAAGUGGUGCUGGUGGUUACACUAAUCCUAUUGGUGUUAUUAGACUUGAUCUUGAACAUGCUGAAGAUUUACGUAAUUUAGAAACUAUUGGUAAGGUUGAUCCAUAUGCAAGAAUAUUAUUAAAUGGGUUCGAGAAAACAAGAACUUGUGCAGUUGAUUCUUCAUUAGAUCCAACUUGGAAUGAAGUCCAUUACGUUAGUGUUUCAUCUCCAAAUCAAAAAUUAACAAUUGAAGUAAUGGAUGUUGAAUCACAUUCUGCUGAUCGUACAUUAGGUUCAUUUGAUGUCAAAUUAAAUGAAUUUAUUCAAAAGGAUGAAAGAGGUCAAUAUAUUGAACAUGUUGAUAAAAAACAAAGAACAAAUAAAUUGGUGUCUAAAAAGGGACCGAAAGGUUCAGUCACUUAUACUUUAUCAUUUUAUCCAUGUUUACCAGUUAUGACAUUACAAGAUUAUAAAGAUGAAGAAGAAGAUAAACAAAAUGCUCAAAAGGAGAAACAAAAAUUAGAAGAUCUUAAAAAGGAUAGUAAACCUCCAGCAGGUAUGGAAAGUUCACAACAAUUAAAAGAAGAAGAAAGUAAAGACAAAGAGAAAAUAGAAAGUGAUGAUGAUGAUGAUGAAGGUUAUAGUCAUAAAUUAAAAUUAUCAUUAGAUCAAUUAAUUGAAUAUAAGAGUGGUAUAUUAGUUUUUGAAAUUAUAAAGGGAACCAUUUCCAAAAAUGAUACUUAUUUACAAGUAUAUUCAGGCAAUCAAGGAUAUCCAGAUUUUGUUACAACUAAAUUAACUAAAAGAGAUGGUAAGAUUCAAAUAACAGGUGAUUCAACAAUAACUGAAUUAGAAUGGUCUAAAACAGUUUUUAGAUUAGUUAAAAAUAAAGAUGAUAAUAGAGUUGAUAAAUGUGUUGCGGAAUUAACAAUUCCUACAUUACAAUUAUUACAAAACGGCUAUAAUAAACCAAUGACUAUAGAUUUAGAAGGUUCAGGUUCUGCAACUUUUCAAGUUAGGUUUUCAUGGAUUCCAUUAAUCUAUAAAUCAGGUAUACCACCACAAGAUUCUGCUGAUAAUUCAGGUAUUUUAUCUGUGGAUUUACAAAAUGCAAAAGGUUUACCAUCAGCAGAUAGGAAUGGGUUCUCAGAUCCAUUUAUGAAAAUUUACUUAAACACAGAAAAGGAUUCUUUCUUUAAAAGUAAAACAGUUAAGAAAACACUUGAUCCAAAAUGGAAUCAAUCAUCACAAGUUGAAGUUGCUAAUUUAUAUGAUUCAGUAUUAAAAUUUGUAUGUUAUGAUUGGGAUAUGGCAGAUGCAAAUGAUUUAUUAGGUAUUGGAUUUGUUGAGUUAAGUAAAUACGAUAUGAAAGAAGGACCAGUUGAAGUUGAAAUUCCAUUAGAAAGUGAAGAAGGUGACCCAGCUGGUUUUGCAUACGCUACUAUAUCAUUCAAACCAGAAUUCAUCUUGAAUGUGAAAGCUAAAAGUUCAUCGACUGUAGGUAAUGUUGGACAAGUAGGAGUUUCUGGUAUUAAGGGAGUAGCUGGUGUUGGUAAAGGUCUUGGUGGUUUAGGAUUUAAAGGUGCUAAUAAAGGAGUUAAAGCAGGUGCUGACGCUGCUAAAAGUGUUGUUAAGAAGAUUUUUUAA